AUGGUGAGGAUGGCACAGGAUAGAAUAGCCUUCCGAGCUGUGGGUGACCGGGUGCGUACUGAGUCGUCCUCCACGGCCCCUAAAAGCCGCAGCCCCCGUCUGUUUCUGACCGGAUCGGUUUUGCCGGAGCACCGAAGCGCCCUCUCAACAGGAAGCGGAAGUCGGCGCGGUCGGGGCGAGCCGGGCGGCCGCGCGAUCGCCUUUGAUGUGCGUCCUUGCGGCCUGGUCAGCGGGCGGCUGACCGCAGCUGCGUCCGCGCCGGGUCCGAGGGCCCCGGGGCCAGUGUGUGCGGGGCCUCGCGGCCGCCGCCGUCCUCCCGCCCGUGUCGGCGGACGUGCGAGCGCAGGUGAAGUCCUGGCGGGGUCGGCGCUGUGCAGCCCCGCUGUCCAGGCCCCCGGGGUCGGCGCUGUCCAGCGGCUGUGUCGGCCGGGCCUCCCCCGGGGCCUCGCCCGGGGCUCCAGCGGCCUAUGCCGGAACCUCGUCCCCGAGCCCGUGCUCCUGGGUUCCUGUCGCGGGCGGGCGCGGGGACCCCAAGUUCACGGCCCUUCACAUGCACACAACAGCGGGGUCACGGGGCGCGAGCUCUGUGCGAUGUGGACUUGUCCAUCUGUCCUGGUUGCGGGCACGGAGAGGCAGCCCCAGGAGCUGCGGGAAGAAGGCAGGGGCGCCCUAGCCGGCGUUGGCAUCCCCUACCACCCUUUUUCCGUUCCAGACCUCACGUCGGCUGCCAGGAGAACUCAUCCGGGGGACGUGGGGACCCAGGGCCACCGUCGCACACACCUCCCAACCCCUGAGGAAGUCGGCGGCCGUGAGUGGCGUGGACACCCAGCGGCGUGCGUCCACCUGCGGCCUCUGCCCGCGCUCGGCGUCUCGUGCCGUCCGUCUGCCUGUCGUGGACUCUUGAGGGACUCCGUGGCCGCGGAGGACGUGGCUGUGGUCUUUAGCCGGGAAGAGUGGCCCUUGCUGGACCUCGCGCAACAGAACUUCUACAGAGAUGUGAUGAUGGAGACCUUCAGAAACCUGGCUUCUGUCGUGUGCGAGCCCCCUAACAGUGUUGACAAGCUGUCCAUCGAGCAUUUGACGGUCCAGUUUCUGAAGCAUCCCACCUGGUCUUCCACCUUGGGGGACUUGCCUGAAUCGCCCAGCCCUAAAGCUCAGUGUGAAAACCAGGAGGGGCAUUCAAGAAAUCCCAGCGUCCAGAAGCUGUGUGAGAGCUCUGAGGACGGUCAGGAUGGAAAGGAGUUGAGCCCUGAGGCCCAUCUGCCCCCACCACUCAGCAGUGCACUAGAAAGAAAGACGCUUGCGGGCUGUGCAAAUAGAAACACCGUCCAGCACCCAGCAUCAUCCCGUCAGAGCAGCCCGCCGGGCACAGGUCAGUGUCAGGACCGUGGAGAUGGUCCCCCUCGACGUUCUCCCGGCUCCACAGUCCCCGGGAGGCCAGGCCAGGCAGGCCCCAAGGACCCGGGGGCCUCUGUGUCUGCCGCCCAGGCUCCUGCAGCCGCGCUCACUGGUGAGCGGCGUGUGUCCACGUCAAAGCCGUCCGUGAGGAGGUCCGGGCCUGCCGGCAAGCGAUGUGGACAGCCAGCUGUGGCCCCGUCCUUCAUCCUGCUGCAGACACAGCCCGCGGCGGCCCCCGGUGAGGACGGGGCGGCGUCCAGCGUGGCAGCGGCGGCCGGCCUGUGUGGAGGACGCGGCCGCUCCCCCGCCGCCGUGAGCGUGGCCCGGCUGUACGAGUGUCCGCAGUGCAGGAAGGUGUUCAGCUUCCCGUCGUCGCUGGCCACGCACCUGCGCAGCCACAACGGCGAGAAGCCGUACGUGUGCGAGGAGUGCGGCAAGGCCUUCACCUACUCGGGCUCGUUCACCACGCACGUGCGCAUCCACAGCGGCGAGAAGCCCUACCGCUGCGAGCUGUGCGGCAAGGCCUUCAGCUGCUCCACCUACCUGAGCACGCACCGGCGCGUGCACAGCGGAGAGCGGCCCUACCCGUGCCAGGUGUGCGGCAAGGCCUUCAGCCAGUCCUCGCACCUCAGCACGCACAUGAAGACGCACAGCGGCCAGCGGCCCUACCAGUGCGCCCUGUGCGGCCAGGCCUUCGCCCACGCCUCGUCGCUCACGCAGCACGUGCGCACCCACAACGGCGAGAGGCCCUACGAGUGCCCGCCCUGCGGCAAGAUGUUCAGCUGCGCCUCCCACCUGGCCCAGCACCAGCGCACGCACGGCGGCCCGCGCCUCUACGCCUGCCGCGACUGCGAGAAGGUCUUCCGCUACUCGUCCUCCCUGGAGAAGCACAAGCGCACGCACAGCGGCGAGAAGCCCUACCGCUGCCCCGAGUGCGGCAAGGCCUUCAGCUGCUCCUCCAACCUCAAGCUGCACCUGCGCACGCACAGCGGCGAGACGCCCUUCCGCUGCCCGCAGUGCGGCAAGGUGUUCCGCCAGGCCUCCAACCUCACCACGCACCUGCGCGUCCACAGCGGGGAGAAGCCCUACGAGUGCCAGCACUGCGGCAAGACCUUCAGCCAGUCGGCGCACCUCACCAUCCACUCCAAGAUCCACAGCGACGAGCGGCCCUACGCCUGCAAGGACUGCGGCAAGGCCUUCCGCUGCUCCUGGUCCCUCACCACCCACGCGCGCACCCACAGCGGAGAGAGGCCCUACCACUGCAAGGACUGCGGCAAGGCCUUCCGCUGCUCCUCCCAUCUCACCAUCCACAAGAGGAUCCACAGCGGAGAGAAGCCCUACGAGUGCAAGAGGUGCGGCAAGGUCUUCCGCUGCUCCUCCCACCUCACCACGCACAGGCGGACCCACCGCGCCGAGGCCCUGCUCGCCGCCGCCGGCGACGAAACCGCCGACACGGGGGUCCCCGGCACCUCCUCCGGGGCCGAAUGCACGGGCCACCAAGGGCCAGGGCCUGCAGCUGGCUCCCCUCGCGCGGAAGAACCCGCUGCCCGCAGGGCCCUCCAGAGGGUCACACACGAGGCGACACUGGCAGGAGGGCCACAACCCUCACCCCUGAGAGCCCUGGACAGCAUCGGCCAGGAGGGGACACUGGCAGGCAGGCCCCACACCUCAGCAUCUAUGUAG